UCGUUUGGAAGUUUACCAUUCAUUUGAAGAACAAAAACAACAUCAAAGCAUUAACAUUCAUCAAAUCAAAACCAAAAUGAUGUUUAAGAAGCAAUCUCAUCUCUUCUCCUUCUCCCUUGCAAUACUAAUUUCUCUUUUGUAUUCCACCACAAUUACUUUAUCCCAAUUAUCACCUGCUAAUGCUCCAAUACAACCUACACUACCUUCCCCAACCACGCCAGCUGCAUCCCCCAAACCAUUGGUACCUUCAUUACCGGAAUCACCUACUGACUCCACACCUGACACCGCAGCUGUUGACAUAGUCGGAAUCCUGAGAAAAGCCAAGUCAUUCAACGUCCUAAUCCGACUCAUGAAAACAACUCAAUUAAUCAACCAACUCAAUUCGCAACUAUUGACUACAAAAACAGGUGGAUUAACAAUUCUUGCACCAGAUGACAGCGCGUUCUCAGAACUCAAAGCCGGAUUCCUCAACUCUCUUUCUGACGGACAGAAACUCGAACUCUUACAGUUCCACGUUAUUUCCGACUACGUAUCAAGCUCUAACUUUGAUAUCCUAACCAACCCAGUGAGAACACUUGCAGGAGCUAAACCAGGAAAGGUGGAGCUGAACGUUGUGAGUUACGGUGGAAGUGUCAACAUAUCAACGGGAGAAGUGAACACUACAAUCAAUGGCAUUAUAUAUACCGAUAAGCAUCUUGCUAUCUAUAAAGUUGGCAAAGUGCUUCUUCCUAUGGAUUUCUUUUCAGUCGCUAAGGCACCAAAGAAGGGACCUUCUUUGGCGCCGGAACCUUCUGCACUGACUCCAAAAGCCGAAAAGGAGAAGCCGCUAUCACCAGAUUCUUCUGAUUCAUCUCAAGCUAAGCCCUCAAAUGAUAAUUCUGGUUCUGUAAAAAUCAAUGCCUAUGGAAAGUGGAUAUCUCUUUUCCUUGGAGCAGUUAUGUUAACUUCAUUGUCUGCAUAAACAAGAAUAGGAUUUCAAUUUACCAACGUUCAGUCUAUUAAGUAACAUGAUAUGAAUAUUCAAGAGUGUGAUGUAUUGUUAUGCAAUAUUUGUGAGAUAUGAGUGAAUACUAUUGUGGUUAAGAGUUUAUAUAUUAGUGGAUUAGGGAAUCUGAGAUUUGUAUGAUCCUGAAUUUAUUUAUUCUAAUAUAAUGUGAGUUUUAUUCUUUAAUUCUACAA